AUGCCGACUCGUCGACGCGACGGGGUGGACCAGACGCUCCACCAGCUCGACUCGGUCGAUGACCUCGACAUGCUUGCGUUCGAGAAGGCGGAGCUCGCCAACCUCGAGAUGCCGGCAGGGAACGGCAUGCGCCACCACAUUCCGCACUUUACGCACCUCUUUGCGGGCUCGAGCUACGCGGCGCUCUACUCGCAGAUCAACUCGAGCUACCCAAGAUUGAUCAAUUGGGCCGCAUCCUCUCAACGGCAACUGAGCUUUUGA